GCGGGGAAGCCUGAGCGGUCUGGCCCCGGGCGUCGGCGCGACGUCUGCGGGUCCCGUGCCUCUGGAGGCGCGAGGUCCAGGCGCCCUCGCCUUAGGAGUCUUGCUACCUUACCCGUCCGCCCGCCCCUCCAGUUUUGUAGCGCUCAGCGGGUGUCCGGCGCAUCCUCCCCUUUCCUCACUCUCUAGCCUGCGUGGCCGUGGCCGCCUGGCUAUCGUCCGGCUGACGCCCCUGCUCCGCUUUAGCUUAUCCUGAACCUGCCCUGACUCGUUUGGUUUCCUUCUUCAGUCUUGCUAAUUCUUUUGAAGAGUUCCCGGUCAACAUAGAAAUGUGGAGUGCCUUGGCUGAAUCCUCCUGUGGACAAGAUCAUUAUGGGCCUGUUAUUUAACUUCCUCUGCAUGACCAGCCUAUUUGUUGUAAGAGAAGAAUCAGCCAAAGGGUGUAAUUUGAGAUCCACUGCAGGUGUUUGAGCAGCUCUGCUUCUGCAACAAAAGCCUAGACUCACCACAUCUUGGGACGAGAAUGGCCACUUCCCGGGGGGCAGCCUUUUUCAUGCUGGUGGCAUCCUGUGUGUGCAGCACCGUCUUCCACGGAGGCCAGCCGACUUGGUUUGAAGGUGUCUUCCUGUCUUCCAUGUGCCCCCUCAAUGUCAGUGCCAGCACCUUUUAUGGGAUUAUGUUUGAUGCAGGCAGCACUGGAACACGAAUUCAUGUUUACACCUUUGUGCAGAAAAUACCAGGACAACUUCCAGUUCUGGAAGGAGAAAUUUUUGAUUCUGUGAAGCCAGGCCUUUCUGCUUUUGUAGAUCAACCUAAACAGGGUGCUGCGACUGUUCAAGAACUCUUAGAGGUGGCCAAAGACUCAGUCCCCCGAAGUCACUGGAAAAGGACCCCAGUGGUCUUGAAGGCAACAGCGGGACUGCGCUUACUGCCAGAAGAGAAAGCCCAGGCUCUGCUCUUUGAGGUAAAAGAGAUCUUCAAGAAGUCUCCUUUCCUGGUACCAGAUGACAGUGUUAGCAUCAUGGACGGAUCCUAUGAAGGCAUCUUAGCUUGGAUCACUGUGAAUUUUCUAACAGGUCAGCUGCAUGGUCACAGCCAGGACACUGUCGGGACCCUGGACCUGGGGGGGGCCUCCACUCAAAUCACGUUCCUACCCCAGUUUCAGAAAACCCUGGAACAAACUCCUAGGGGCUAUCUCACUUCCUUUGAGAUGUUUAACAGAACUUAUAAGCUCUACACACAUAGUUACCUGGGAUUUGGAUUGAAAGCUGCGAGACUAGCAACUCUGGGAGCCCUGGAGACGGAAGAGACUGAGGGACACACUUUCCGAAGUGCCUGUCUACCAAGAUGGUUAGAAGCAGACUGGAUUUUUGGGGGCGUGAAAUACCAGUAUGGUGGCAACCAAGAAGGGGAGGUGGGCUUUGAGCCCUGCUACUCAGAAGUGCUGAGGGUGGUCCGAGGAAAACUUCACCAGCCAGAUGAGAUCCAGAGAAGCGCCUUCUAUGCCUUCUCUUACUAUUAUGAUCGAGCUGUUGACACACACUUGAUUGACUAUGAAAAGGGGGGUGUUUUAAAAGUUGAAGAUUUUAGAAGAAAAGCACAGGAAGUGUGCGACAACUUAGAAAACUUCACCUCAGGCAGUCCUUUCCUGUGCAUGGAUCUCAGUUACAUCACAGCCUUGCUGAAGGAUGGCUUCGGCUUUGCAGACAGCACCGUAUUACAGCUCACAAAGAAAGUGAAUGACAUAGAGACCGGCUGGGCCUUGGGUGCCACCUUUCACUUGCUGCAGUCUCUGGGUAUUUCCCACUGAGGCCAAGCCUUUGCCAACCACCUCUUCAAAGGGAGAAGGAGAGAAGACUCCGUUGUGUUCCGAGGUAAUCUGGAAACCACCUGGAUUGAAACCCAGCAGCUGGCUACAUCAGGAGGAGGGAGCUUUUAUGGACAGGUCUCGAGAUUUGAGCUUAAUUAAUUUUACACAUCUACUAUGAAUUGUUAUGUAACCAUUCUGCUUGUACGGCUGGUACCAGAGUCUAAAUCUUUGAGCAUGCUUGUGCUUCCCAGAGAGCCAAAAUGAGUAGCUUUGGAACUUAACCUUGGAGAAACCAGGGACUCACUUCAACCCUUUGAGUGCCUCAUUUCUUUGAACAUUUUCAUUUUCCUCUUACAUGCUGAACUCAGCUGACUGAUUGCAUUCCCAUGGCCUAUCAACACCAGUAUUUUUUCCCUCCCUGCACAUUGCCCUGUCCCACCCUUAUCACACCCCCUUCCUACGAGAGGAGAAAAAUCUGGCUUGGCUUUUCAUGUUAAUUCAAGGGGAAAGUAAGUUACCACCUCUGAGGUUGUGUGGUCCUGCUUUGUACUAGUUCCAAUCAGCCAGCUGAGAGCCAUCCUGACUCUUUGGAGGAUGGAAAGCAACUUCUGCCUGCUUGGAUUCCAGCCUUAAGAAAGGAGGCCACCCAGUCUCUGAGGACGGUUUCAGAGGGUGUGGCUGCCUGGCAGAGGCCACCUUCUUUUAAUCGGUUUUUUAUAAGUUAACUGUGGGAUUAAUGAACACACCCAGCCUUACAGGAGUAUGUGUUCAGUGCCAGAGCCUCCUUCCAGGCUGUGUUUGUCAUCCUAGACUUUUUUUUUUGUAUUUCUAAGAAAUACAUCUAUACCCUAGCUUUGGUCUGUGGUCAGAGGCCUCUGGCUGUGCCGUUCAGGGAUCUGUAUUUUGAUUACAGCUCCUUUCAGUUUUUUUAUUCUGCUUAUAGCAGUAUCUCCUCCUGCCUGGCCCUGGGUCGUUUUAGUUAACAUCUAAAUUAUUUCUCUAGUUCCAGGGUUUCUGAUACCCUUUCUCAGUGAUAACCUAACAUUUGGUUUGGUUGGCCAUUUCAGUUUGAAUGCUCUGAGCUCUUCAUUUUGUGAAUUAUUUUCCACAAAAUCCAUUAUCUUGUACUUCCCCACAUGACCAUCACCUGCUCGCCUACCCACCUGAGUGCUCUUGGGCUUUAAAGAUCUUCCUGGGGACUGGCUCAUUCAUCGUGGCCCUUUACCCGCAGCCGCUUCCCGGCGGGCACUGGAUCUCCCACACUUGGAGCCUCCGCAGCGCCCGUCCUCCCCUCUCACAGGAUGCUCAGUACCUGGCCUUCACACGAGUUGCUGGGAACCUUAUUUUUUAAGUUUUUCCACUGAGUCAACAAAUAUUUAACAUCUGAUGUGCAACUAACUAGGCAAAUUUCUGUAUCCUCCUCCCCCAAAUUUUAGUUUUUAAAAUUCAAUGUGGAAUUUCUUCACUUUUCACACUUUCAUUAUACCAAGGUCCCCUUUAUACCUAUUGUCUUCCUCAAAAAAUGUUAAUACAUAAUGAAAUAGAAUCUUUAGAGUUGGAAACAGCCUCAAGAUACAAUCCAGUAUUCUAAGUAUUGCAGAAUUCCUGUAACAUCUCUAGCUGGUUCAGCUUCUGGUUAGGUGUAUUUUGGAGCAGCUCAGUCCAUCUGGCACCACACUGGUGGUACAAAAACCCCCCUACACUGAGCUGGACUUGCCUUCUCAGUGGUCUUCUCGAAUCCCUCCUUUCACAGCUGUUGAAUCUUUUGAAGAAAAUUUCUCCAAGUACUUUGUGGCCUCUUUGAUUUAACACAUGGCUCCUAGACCCCUUACCUUUUUUGUCACAAAGGCAGAGGGCUAGAACCAGUUACAUGCUACAUACUGUUCCCCAUGAGUAGGGAGCGACCAGUUUCUCUAAUGGAAACCGAGCUGUUUUCCCAAGAGGUCAGCUGUGUUCACCAAAAACACCUGCAGCUUGGUGAGUCCCUGGUCGUCGUCACAUUUUUUUUCCUCUGAAGCUUGUCUCAUCAACACAGGCUGCUUAGACUUCUUUGGUCAUUCCAGGUACUUUCAGAAUUCUUGGACAGAUGCAUUAACUUCAGAAAUGUAUCUACAUAUAUUCUGAAGCCUUGAGUAGAGCACUUGGAGAAUUAACCAGUUUAUCCAUUUUAGAACCAAUUUAGAAUAAGAAUUUUUAUUUCUUAAGAGAAAAUGACUUCUCUAUGUCCUUUCUGCCCCUUAAUGUACCUUUUGGACCUCUUACUAAGUAAUCCUGUCGUGUCCGAUAUUGCUGGUUAAGUUUUUCUGUGUGUUUAUGUGUUUCGGGUCCUUAGGACGUGGCCUGGCACGUAGAUGUGUUUUUCGUCGUCCUCAUGUGAAGGGCAUCCUGUGUAGGUUAUGGAGGUCCUUGCAAGGUGUGCCUUACAGUUCUUCCUAUCUUGCCUGAUUUUAUUAGCAUACUUUUGGAGAGUUCAUGUUCUCCUUACCUGGGUAACCUUUCAGUUUUUUUGGAAGAUGGCCCUUUUUCCCCCUGUAGAUGACCUGUCUAGACUCUACUAGUAGUCACGGGACUUUCACAGCAGUUGCCACCUUCGAUUCUAGGAAUAUUUUUCCUGAGACUCCAGGAAUGUUUGUGACAUUGUCACUUUUUUACUCUAGUAUCUUAUAAAUUUUCUACAUUUGUCUGAAAAACUCCCCUGUAAACUGUUUCUUCUCAUUUCAUCAUCAAAGCAGACUUUUGGGCAAAAUGUUCUUUACUGUAUAGGAAGCUAAUGGAUCUAAACAUCUCUUCAAGAGGCCUCUCUGGUACUGUGAAGCAGGCCUUCUCAAAUACCCUGGCGCCCCCAGCAGCCCCCAGUCUGAAAGCAAAUGAACAAAUUCUGCUGCUAAGUAGAUUUUCCCUUUUGAUGUGGUUCCUGACUCCAGUCUUCAAACUGUGCAGUGAAAUUACUGUUUUAUUACUUGACAGACGGAGUCCCAGAGAGGAACCACAAAUAAAACAGAUCUGGUGCCGGGAUACGGAAGUAAUAAUGAGCAUUAGUAAGAUCUGGUUUUCUUUUCAGAAAGUCCAGUGCGCCUAUAAUAAAGGUUAAAGCAAUUUGUUAAUUUUAAAACAGCAAUUCUCACAAACAUGCAUAAAUUGAAUAUUUCUAACUCUUUAUGAAAAGAAUUGUAUAAAUUUGUGACCAGCAUUUUCAAAAAAACUGUAUAAAUCUUUAGAUUGUUAACAAAUAAAAAUGAAUGAUAUAGCACCAUAACAAUUUGUUUUAGUAAUAAAAAGCUCUUUUCA